CUUUUUACCCAGAGUUCAUUUCUGCCUCAAAUCUUCCGGGCCCUUUUCGGAGGUUCAGUCAGAAAGUUGCUAACUAGUUGCUAAAGUUUUUGUCGGACUCUAUGUUUCGACGGACGUCUGGGACAUUAAUCACUCCAAUCACGUCGCCAGCGUUUAUUAAACCAUGGAGGACCCGAACGUGCCUCAGAGAAAAAUGUCCAGGGCCGGAGAAAGCUUGUACGGGGCCCUGGGUUUGGAGAAAGGCGCGACCCCCGACGAGAUCAAAAGGGCUUAUAGGAAAUUGGCAUUGAAGUACCACCCUGACAAGAACCCGGACAACCCAGCCGCCGCGGAGAAGUUCAAGGAGAUCAACAACGCCAACGCCAUCCUCAACGACGAGAACAAGCGUAAAAUCUACGACGAGUAUGGCUCCAUGGGCCUCUCCGUGGCCGAGCAGUUUGGUGAAGACGGCGUCCAAUAUUAUUUCCUCAUGUCAAAGUGCUGGUUCAAGACCCUGUUUUGCUGCUGCUCCAUCUUGACCUGCUGCUGCUGCUUCUGCUGCUGCUGCUUCUGCUGCGGGAAGUGCAAAGCCGGAGAGGAGGAAGAGCAUCCCAUUAUCGACCCGGAAGACCUGGAGGCGGAGCUUAGAGAGCAGGAAGAAGCACCAGGCCAUGUAAUAGUUAUUCAGCCCAGCUCCUCUCAGACCUCAGGUAACUGUCGUUCCUCCUCAGGUGAGAACGCACCGAUUGUGAUUCAGCCUCAGGCGUCCAACGGCACCUCGAACCCCACAGAGGCCCGACAUGGACCUGUCGAGGAUGGAAUGAGUGACUAUAUCCACGGAUGAGUGAGUCUUUAAGAAGACGAGCUUCUCAUUAUUGUUAUUAUUACUUUUCAUUGUUUUGGGACUUUGUGUGAACUUGAGGUCUCACCAGCUGCUGGUGUUCAAACCGACGCACAGGAAACGUAUCGGGCCUUUUUGUUUACAUGAAUCAUGCUUCAUAAUGGUAUUGCCAUGUUUUGUUUUUCUUUUCUUUUUUAAUGACAAAGCCUUGCAGAUCAAAACCACUGAUCUCUCAAAAAACAGUUGUUGUUUUUUUUGUUUGUUUUUUUUUGUGCACUUUAAACUCACAGGUUAGUGUAAAAGUUGCCAUAUUGGUCUGAAAACGUCUCCGCUCAGGAUUCCUAUAUGUGGACUGUUUUAUUUUUAUACAUAUAUAUAUAUACAUAUAUUUAAUAGGCUAAUUCAGAUUAUUCAUACUAUUUGAGGCCAACCACUUGUCUUCCUGUAAAUAUUAACAUAGGAAUAAGUGACCUGAUGACUUUUGGGUUGACACAUCCGGUGUUUUUCUGUUCAUGUUGGGUUAUCUGUACUUCAAACGUCUUUUCUAAUCAACUUCAUGUGAGAGUUGGAUGGUUUUUAAGCUUUUUUUUUCUUUCUUCACUCAAUCUGGUGAUUUAUAUAACUUGCACAGAAAGCCACAAUGCCUGCAGCUAGCUACUUCCACCUUUUUAUUAGGUAAACUUUAAUUAGCCGGCUUAAAAGGCGUUUACACUAUUUAUUCUGCCCAGCUGUGGCUUGGUGAGGUCAUCAGUGUUACUCAUGGGCCCGUAUGAGAUUAUCACGAUAUGAUGACCUUGAGAGGAAAUACUACAGUUUCACAGAAAUAAAGCGGUAUCGAUAACAUGUAUUUAUUUUCAUUUUGAUGUGUAGUCUUAAGUAAAAAUGGACAAUAAAGGUAUAAAAUUUAGGGGCUGGUUACCAGCUAGCCACGCUGCCAGCUCAUCCUGCCAAUGAGCAAUCAUGCAUGCUACUCAUAGCUGGCUUUUGUGACCAGAAAUGUUCCCAAACAUCCAAAUUCUUCUUCUGUUUUCUUUUUCUUUUUUUGAAGAUGAAAGAUAAAAUUGCUGGAGUUGUCCUUUAGCCUCCUGGCCACCAGGGUGCAGCACCAGCUGGGUUGAAAGGUUGGGCUGCUCUACAAAUUAAAACUGCGCUCACCCGGCUAGAAAGACGUGAUGAAAAAUGUUCGUGGUUCUGAAAUUGUAACUCGUUUAAAAACGUUUAUCCGUCACCGUUCUGUGUCUCUUCAUUAUUUAGCAGCAACGCCGUAGUUUGCGCUGAAAGGCCGUAGUUUGGAGAGAAGCAGUUGGGAAGUUUUUAUCUGGUCUCAGGGAGACACUUCGAAAACUGGCCUGCAGGGGGAGCCAGAGGCACACUUUCUCUUUAGUAUUUUUAAUUAAGUAAAGGAAACUGCCUCAUGGCUCCUUCUGAUUCUCUAAACUAGUAAUCUGCAAAGUUUAUUAUCGGGCACUUGUAGUUAAUCAUGUAACCAAAAGGUAACUGCUUUAUUGGAAAUGUGACUUUAUUAUUCAAACUCAAAUAAGAAGCUCCUGGAGGUGUUGAAGGUAAUUUGCUGCAGCAGCGCCAUUUUGAAGUGAGCCAUCACCACAACAGGAAUGUUAUGUGUCCAAAUGCAGUCAGGUGAAUACGUUACCAUUUUCACAAAAUAUCUGCACUUUGAACCUUACACACUGUUUUGUUUUUGGUUUGUUUAAACCAUAAAUCUUCUCUGUCUUGAAUCUGGUGAUGGGAUCAAAACGUUUUUGUUUUUUUUUCUUUUGAGGUGUAUAUGGUAAAUUGUUCUGUGAAUUCAAAACUGCAUUUUUGAUUCUAGGUUGGGUUUUUUUGGCUGUGUGCUGAUGUUAAAUUAUAUUUCUGACAAGGUUCAUAUUGUAUUUUUAUAUAUAUGAUUAUUUUUGGCCUCAUGUCUGGAUUUGCCAGUGGUCUGUACUCUCUUUCUUCUACUACAUGCAUGAAAUUAU